AUGACUGUGCAGAGCAAGAAUUUGGAGAAUGAAAACAGAGAACUUGCAGAAAAUAUAGCUGCUUGGGUGCAGAAGGAGAGCUUGAAAGCCAUUGAGAAGGUGAAUGAAAAUUUGAAUGACAUCAUUCAGAUUGUUCGAGCUAAGCUGCAGGCAGUGAGGGACCAGAACGCCAAGAGCCCACACCUGCCAGUUGUUUCGAAGACCAGAUCUGAGGAUUCGAUGCAGCGAGCUGUGACAACAGGGGACUGCAGCCUGGAAGAGGGUAAAAAGAAAAUGCAAGACCACCAUGCUGCAUCGGGAUCUCUGAAAGAACGUGAGGAAGACGGUUUCCAAAGGCAGGUGAAGAAAGUACGCGUCCUUGAUGAAAUCAGUGGACAGAGAUCUAUGGACACUGAAGGGAAGGUGGACAUGAACGGAUGUGAGCUGGUGGGAAAGCAGCAGCUGUUGGCAGCAAAGGAGGAGGCAAAAUUGGCUGAAGAGGAGACAAGAUGGUACAAGAUAAGACUUGAAGAAUGUCACGGGCAAAUGCGGGAAGCAGAGAUCAUUUGGAGACACCAGGUCACUCUUGCCGAGAAGAAGGCCCAAGACAGCUCGCUCAGGGCUCAGGAGCUGGAGAGGGAAAUCUCUGAAUUGAGAAGGGAAAACUCUGACCUGAGAAGGGAAAAAUCCUCUGAGCUGAGAAGGGAAGUUGCCCACCUGAAACAGAGAUUGGAUGCAAUCUGCAGAUGGAGGCAGGCAGAGGAAUACAUGAGGCAGGAGUCCACCCCAGGAGGACCGUACAGGCUGCACCCUCCCCUGAGAGCUUCAGGGCCGGGUGGCACCCCUGUUAGGAAUGGCACCGCCUUACCGGCUCAGGAGGCAGAGGAAACCAAAGUCACCCCGUGGGCUGGAGGGCCCCAAUCUUUCCGAGGACCAGCCCAUGUGGCCUGCCCCGUGAGCGGCCCGUCGUCGCCCAGCUGGGCACCUGCACCUGGUCCCACUUGCUACCCUGUGCAACCUCGACCCCCACAGCCAGCUACUCCGCUCGACACCAAGUUCCGGGCCCCCUGGAGGACAAGCCCGCCCAUGUCACUGUCUGCAGCGAGUGGAGCCCUGACCUUCCACAGCCGAUGA